AUCAUCAUCAUCGUCAUCAUCGGUGGCCAUCUGGGCUCAAGCAAUUUUGUUCAGGCCGGCGCGUGUUCGGCUCGCAUCCGCGCCUCGAUCACCCCCCGGCGCGCGCCCGCCAUGAACCGUGCACUCCUCGUGGCCGGCUCCGCCACCCUGGCCCAAGGGAAGAUAUAUUUUUCGGAGACCUUCGGCGACGGGUGGGAGAGCCGCUGGACGGUGAGCAAGUGGAAGGAGAGCGAGGGCACGGCGGGGAAGUGGGAGGCCAACGCAGGAAAGUGGUUCAAGGACGAGGCCGAAGACAAGGGCAUCCAGACGGCCGAGGACUCCAGAUUCUUCGGAAUCGCUACCUCCUUCCCGUCCUUCAGCAACGAGGGCAAGGAGCUAAUCAUCCAGUACCAGGCCAAGUACGAGAAGGACGUGGAGUGCGGCGGCGGGUACAUGAAGAUCGGGCCCAAACUCGACGACCUGACCACGUUCGGCGACCCGACGCCGUACAACGUCAUGUUCGGGCCGGACAAGUGCGGGUACACCAAGAGGACGCAUCUCAUCUUCAAUUACAAGGGUACCAACGUGCUCAAGAAGUCCGACCUGUCGUACAAGCAGGGCGAGGACGCUGGCAUCUCCCACCUGUACCGCAUGGUUCUCAAGCCGGAUAAUACCGUCCGCGUCGAGAUCGACGAGGAGAAGAUCUAUGAGGGAUCCAUCAAGGAGGACUGGGAGGUCCUGAAGCCGAAGGAGAUCCCCGACCCUGACGACAAGAAGCCAGAGGAUUGGGUGGACAGCUCCAUGAUGGACGAUCCCGAGGACAAGAAGCCGGACGACUGGGUGGAGGAGAAGCGCAUCGUAGACGAGUCGGCGUCGAAGCCAGACGACUGGGACGACGAGGAGGACGGCGAGUGGGAGGCCCCCAUGAAGGACAAUCCCGCGUACAAGGGUGACUGGAGCGUCAAGAGGAUCGAGAACCCGGCUUACAAGGGGAUUUGGGAGGCCAAGAAGAUCGCCAACCCUGAGUACGUCGACGAUGACAAGGUCUACUCGUACGCUGAUUUUGGUUUCUUGGGCUUUGACCUGUGGCAGGUCAAGGGUGGCACCAUUUUCGACAACAUCAUCUUGUGCGAUGAUGUGGCCGAGGCCGAUGCGUUCGCCAAGAAGUGGAAGGCCCUGAACGAGGUCGAGACGGCCAAGAAGAAGGAGGAGGACGAGGCCAAGAAGGCCGAGAGCGCCGACGCCGCCGAGGGCGAGGACGACGAUGACGCCGACGACGACAAGGCGGAGGCAGAGGAGAUGUAGUCGCUCCGCAGCGCCGCCGCCGAGGCAUUUGUCGACGGUGCUCGUUUGCUGAUUUUCCAGCUUGUCAGGUGCUGCACACAUUAGCUGAACUUGUGUCAUUGUUGCCUGGCCUGUGCAAUAUCUGUUCAGGGUUGUGCUGCUGCUCUUGUGCAGCAGGUGGCCAGAAACCUGUCGGCGCCUGAGGUUGCCGAUGUUGAGUCCGCACCCAUCAUCA